CUUCUCGCUCAUCCGUCAGACAGUCUACAUCCUCAUCAUCAGCAGCAGCAGCAACCAUGGCAAAGGCCAAGAAGCAGACGAAGAAGUUCCAACAGCGUCAUCUCAAGCGAACCAUCGAUGAUCGCAAAGCACAUCAGAAGAAGAAGGCAGUGAUCGACCGAGCAAAGAAGGCAAAGGAGCUCAGGUCGAACAAGUCGAGGAGAGCAGCAGGCGGUGAUGACGAUGACGAAGGUGGUGCAGAGGAGGGUUCCGACGAUGACGAGGAAGCACAGUUGGAAGAAGGUGAUGAUGCCGAGCCAGGAGCUUCAUCCUUCAAGGGGAUGAGCGUAGAGGACUUCUUGGGAGGAGGCUUCAAGGCUGGACUGGAUGGCGACGAAGAUGACGGGGACGGAGAUGCAGAGGAUGACGAUGACGAUGAGGAGGAUGAGAUGAGUGAGCUGGAGGAAUUAUCAGAUGGCGAGGGCCACGCACAAGACCUCGAAAAGCUCAAGGAGAAGGACCCCGAAUUCUACAAGUUCUUGCAGGAGAACGACAAGGACUUGCUCAACUUCGGCGCAGAAGAGGACAGCGAGGACGAGGAAGACGAGGAAGAUGACGAGGACGAUUCUGAUGAAGAUAUGGAAGCUGCUCCUGCUCUUGCUAAGGGCAAGGGCAAGAUGACGGCAGAGCAGGAAGCGCAAGAAGUGGUCACCACGAAGAUGCUGCGAGGCUGGCAGAAGGACAUGAUUCAACAGCGGUCCCUCAAGGCCCUUCGCAAGCUGCUCUUGGCGUUCAAAUCCGCUGCCCAUAUGGAUGACCCAGAUGGCGCCGGCUCUUCUCAGAUGUACGCAAUCGAGGAGGCCACUGUCUUCAACAAGCUCAUCAUCACAGUCCUCAAGUACACUCCCGUCGUUCUGCAACAUCACAUUCCAGCAAAGGAGACUGCACAGGGCAAAUUCAAGCUACCUACCAACAACAAGAAGUUCGCUCUUCUGCAAAGGCCAAUUCAGAUCUACUUUGCCAAUCUGCACCACCUUCUUCGCACCAUCACUGAACCAGAGAUGCUCUACGUAGCAGUGACGGAGAGUGCCAAGAUGGUGCCCUUUGUCAUGAACAACCGGAGAAUGGCUAGAGAGUACAUCAAGGUGUUGCUGGACCUUUGGUCUAGUGCAGCAGACCGAGUGCGCAUUGCCGCUUUCCUCUCAGUGAGAAAGGUGGCUCAGGCAGGCGACGAGGCUAUGAUCGACAUGUGCCUGCGAGGAGCAUAUCAGUCCUUCAUCCGCUCUACGAAGCUCACUACUGUGCACACACUACCGAGCAUCAACCUCAUGAAGAACUCGGCCUCUGAGCUCUACUCGCUCGAUACUGCCGCUUCUUACCAGCAAGCAUUCUCCUUCAUUCGUCAACUGGCUGUUCAUCUUCGUAAUGCUCUGAAGACCCGAUCAGCGGACUCCUUCAAGAGCGUCUACAACUGGCAAUACCUGCACUGUAUUGACUUUUGGAGCAUCGUCCUGGCCACUGCCUGUGAUCGACAAAGGCUAGAGGAACGAGGCGAGGUAGAGAGCGAGCUGCAACAGCUCAUCUACCCUCUAGUACAAGUCGCCCUAGGUGCCAUUCGUCUUAUCCCCACCUCGCGCUACUUUCCCCUGCGCAUGCACCUUCUCCGUUCUCUGCUGCGUCUGAUGCAGCGCACAGGCGUGUACAUCCCCUUGGGCGCUUCCUUGCUCGAGAUGCUCUCCUCGCCCGAAUUCACACGAAAGGCCAAAGGGUCCACUCUCAAGCCUCUGGACUUCACCACUACCCUCCGUGCGCCAGCCGCAUAUGUCCGCACCCGCGUGUACGUCGAUCAGCUAGCAGAAGAGGUCCCGCAUCUCCUCUUGGAGUUCCUCGCAACACAGGCUCGCUCUAUUGCGCUCCCCGAACUCGUGGUGCCACUGACGGUGCAGUUGCGUCGCACACUCAAGCACGGUUCUUCUCCCAAGCUCUCCACUAUAUGCAAACAGCUCCUCAGCAAGCUAGACGCAAAUGUCCGCUUCGUCGAGAACAAGAGACGAGCGGUGGAUUUUGCUCCCAACAAUCUAAAGGGAGUGCAGAGCUUCUUGAGUGAUUUGGACGAAAAGAUGGAAUUGCCCCUCGAGGGAGCACUUAGAUUGGCGAGAAAGGUGAGGGAGCAGAAGAGGAAAUUGGUAGAGGAAGCGGAGCAGAGGGUGUGAAUAGACUAAAAAGGAGAAUAUGCCUGUCGUCGUGACGAAUAGGGUCCGUCUGCAAUUCUACAAAGUACAUCAUCGAAGCUUCCAUGCUCG